AUGACUUUGUCCAUCUUUCCCUGUCUUGUAUUACUUGUUGGAUCCUGCAGCGGAUUUAUAUUUGGAUCAAAUGUGCAUCCCUGGGACGGAUUGAAAGUGACUUGGGGUAUAAACCCUUUCAAUAGUAUCAACUUUGCUGACAUGCCCAGAACAGAGGCCGAGGCCGAACAGAGUGGAUUUACAAUAAUAUCAGGUUGUGAACAUGAAAAUUUUCUUGGAAAGAGAUACAUGAAAGACAAUGACCCUGCUGUCAUCCUUAUUUAUGACGUCAACGGCUACAUUGCUGGUAUCCAAGCCGGGAUACCCACAACUCUGAGUAAUGGUUAUCCAUCCUUAGAACUUCAGAAACAUCCAUUUGUCAGAGAUUUUGACAAGCAUUACAUUACAGCUUACUUUGUGUCACCAGAUUUGAUAUGUACACGUGGGCGCACUUCCAGUGAGGUUAGUACCCAGUGUACAGGGACCGAUCUGUACAUACAAAAUAGUACUAACCCAAUGGAGUCUAUAAAAAUACCCCACCAGGAGGCCGACAUUGGAUCGACAAAAUGGGUCAAAGGUCACUGCUUUCCGGCUAUGGGCUUUCAUGCAAGUCAAACCUAGUUGUCUUGACCAAGCAGGGACGCUUUCCACACUUCAUAUUUACCUUAAUGGACGUCCACAGACUGACUUUCUCUGCGAUUAAAUUUUUCUCUCGUGUAUUUCA